AUAUCCCUUAGGAAAAUGAACCGUGUUUGUAAAACAAAUAAAACCACAAAACCAUGGUUACUACAGUUAAACCAUGGCAACCACAAAAUGACUGUAGUAACUGUAUUUUAACCAUGUUGUUUGUAGUAAAACUGUGGUCAUACAAAUAGCAAUCAGUGCGCAAAACUACACAACAAAACCAUGCUUCGUGGUUUGAGACGGAAGAGAGCAGCACGAAUAUUAUUCAAAACUUCUAUUUCUGCCCAGCCCCGAGAGGAAAGCUGUAAAGGAAUUUGUAAAGAUAUGGGCCCGGUCUUGGGUAAAUUUAAAGUUCCGCAUGUGUAGCGGCAGUUUUAGUGGAAAAUGAUAAACCCGCUACUCUGUGUACGGUUCGAGUGGAUAUUCUCACGGCUCCUCCUUAGCUCAGGUAGUUUCUUCUCGAGCGUGCGAUGGUCGUGAUGGUACGGGAUUUCCCAGCGAUGCGUUUCUUCUGCUCUGCUAGCAAACUAACAAGACGACGCGACAAAACCAGAGCGAAGCAAAAGUGGGAGCAGUGUAGACAGACUGUGUUACGCCCUCUUAAACAUUGUCAUAGCCGCAUUUACUUCGGCAAACUUCCUCAAAUAUGCCGUUAAGCCAUUAACUUCCUCUCCGAGGGGUGAACACGCUCACGUCCUACGAACUUCAACAAUAACUUCCACAGCAGCGGGAUUACGGUCCGCGGGAGCGUCUGAUAUGUUUGACUGCUGAAGUCGAGUGGUCACCUUUGUAUCAUGCAGAGCAUCAAGUGUGUGGUGGUGGGGGACGGGGCAGUGGGAAAAACCUGCCUGCUCAUCUCGUACACGACCGGCGCGUUCCCCAAAGAGUACAUUCCCACCGUCUUCGACAACUACAGCUCCCAGGUCACCGUGGACGGCCGCACCAUCAGCCUCAACCUGUGGGACACGGCAGGCCAGGAGGAGUACGACCGCCUUCGCACGCUGUCCUACCCUCAGACCAACGUCUUCAUCAUCUGCUUCUCCAUCUCCAGCCCCCCGUCCUACGAGAACGUCAAGCACAAGUGGCACCCCGAGGUGACGCACCACUGUCCCAGCGUGCCCAUCCUGCUGGUGGGGACCAAGAGCGAUCUUCGGAGUGACGCGGAUGUGCUGAAGAAGCUGAAGGAGCAGAACCAGGCGCCCAUCACGCACCAGCAGGGCCAGGCUCUGGCUCGCCAAAUCCACGCCGUCAAGUACCUGGAGUGUUCGGCACUCAGCCAGGACGGCAUCAAGGACGUGUUCGCAGACGCAGUGCGUGCCUUCCUCAGUCCUCAACCUGUGGCUCAGAAGAAGCCCUGUAUACUCCUCUGAAAAUACAGACAGGUGUUUAGAGGUGUUUUAAUUGAAUUACGCAUAGAAAUGGCGGGGAUGUUUGGAAUAAUAGAUCUUCGGUGACCAACAAACACAGUUUUAAUCUGUGAAAUUUAAGAAAUGCAAGAUUAAGUAAAGGUUAGGUUUUUACACUGUACUGAGAUUUUUUUUUUUUUUUAAGAAUUUUAAGGGGAGAGAAUGUGUUUUGGGAUUUCGUAAGACCACUAAACAGUUUUAGAUAAUAAACAGUUAUUAGAUACCAUCUUCUGGUAUCUAAUAAAUAGAGGAAGUAACCCUUAAACACAAAACAGAGGAAAGGUGUUCUAGUUCCUUUUUAGUGUGAAAAUUAUUAAUACCAUUGGUUAAUGAAGUUUUUUUUACUUUUUUGUUUUUAUUAUUUACAAAAAAAAAACUAUCUGAGAAUUUUAUAGUACUAAUAUAAUAAAGCUUUUAUGCCUUGGUG